CGUACUUAAGCCAGGAGGCUCCGCCGCUGGGUCCAGCCAGGGCACGCUCGGGAGCUGCCGCGCGGUUGGGGAGAAAUCAACCCGGUCCGCUCUGCGAGCGGCUGCACCGCUCGUCCUGUACCUGACUAUGUCGUCGACCACCCGCGUGGCACUCGUGACCGGGGCCAACAAGGGCAUCGGCUUCGCCAUCGUGCGCGACCUGUGCCGAAAUUUCUCGGGGGACGUGGUGCUCACGGCCCGGGAUGUGGCGCGUGGCCAGGCGGCGGUGCAGCAGCUGCAGGCCGAGGGCCUGAGCCCGCGCUUCCACCAGCUGGACAUCGACGACCUGCAGAGCAUCCGCGCCCUGCGCGACUUCCUGCGCAACGAGUAUGGGGGGCUCGACGUGCUGGUCAACAACGCGGGCAUGGCCUUCAAAACUGCUGAUACCACACCGUUUCAUAUUCAAGCAGAAGUGACCAUGAAAACAAACUUCUUUGGUACCCGAGAUGUGUGCACGGAGCUUCUGCCUCUAAUAAAACCCCAAGGCAGAGUCGUGAAUGUGUCUAGUUCUGUGAGUGUCAUGGCUCUUAAAAACUGCAGCCCCGAACUGCAGGAGAAGUUCAGAAGUGAGACCAUCACAGAGGACGAGCUGGUGGGGCUCAUGAACAAGUUUGUGGAAGACACAAAGAAUGGGGUGCACAAGAAGGCGGGCUGGCCUGAUACUGCAUAUGGAGUGACCAAAAUUGGUGUCACCGUCCUGUCCCGGAUCCAUGCCAGGAAACUGAGUGAGCAGAGGAGAGGGGACAGGAUCCUCCUGAAUGCCUGCUGCCCAGGCUGGGUGAGAACUGACAUGGCCGGACCCAAAGCCCCCAAGAGCCCGGAAGAAGGAGCAGAGACCCCGGUGUACUUGGCCCUUUUGCCCUCAGGUGCCGAGGGGCCUCACGGCAAGUUUGUUUCCGAGAAAAAAGUUGUAGAAUGGUGAGCUCAGUCACAGCCCUGCCCAUGGGGCCGAUUACGCUGCCUGUCCCAGUUUCACCAAAAGGACACUUACACUGUCAAAAAUAUCCCUAUGCAAAAAAAAAAAAAAAAAAAAAAGAAUCAAAA